AUGUUUUCUCGAGGACAUAAUACUCUCAAAGUUUCUGCUGCGCUUUUCGCAGAGAAUCGACAGCGUCUUGUUCAAGCUUUGAAAGCUGUCGUCUCACCUAAAACCGUCGUAGUGUUGAAGGGUGGUGUUGAACAGAAUCGAUACAAUACUGAUGCAGAAGAACUUGCGUUUCGUCAAGAGUCGUAUUUCUUUUGGGCUUUCGGUGUCCAGGAGAGCGAAUUUUUCGGAGCUAUAGACGUUGACAGUGGUCGCUCUUUCCUCUUCCCACCUAUUUUAGAUCCUAGCUAUGCAAUUUGGGAUGGAAAAAUAAACGAUGAGGCUUUUUUCAAGACGAAAUACAAUGUUGACGAGGUUAAAUUCAAUGACACCAACACUAUCUCACAGGUUUUGCAAAAUUUGAAUGCUCAGCAGGUUCUACUUCUGAAAGCUGAUAACUCAGACAGUGGGAAUAUAUUAGAACCUCCAACUUUCGCAGGAAUAGGAAAGUUCGCUUCCAACAACACCAUCCUCUAUCCCAUUUUCGCAGAGCUCAGAGUCCUGAAAACUGAUGCUGAACUUGAGGUAUUGAGAUAUGCUAGUAAGAUUGCAUCUGAAGCUCAUAGAGCCGCUAUGAAGCAUGUGAAACCAGGGUUGUAUGAGUACCAAUUGGAGAGUCUUUUCCGUCAUAUUUCCCACUACCAUGGUGGAUGUCGUCAUCUCGCAUACACCUGCAUCGCUGCUACUGGGUGCAACAGCUCAGUUCUUCAUUAUGGACAUGCAAAUGCUCCAAAUGGGAAGCUUAUUAAGGAUGGAGAUAUGUGUUUGUUUGACAUGGGACCAGAGUAUUCGUGUUACGCUUCUGAUAUCACUACUUCUUUCCCUGCUAACGGAAAGUUCACUGAAAAUCAGAAAAUUAUAUAUAAUGCCGUUCUUGAUGCAAACCAAACAGUUUUACGCGAAGCAAAACCAGGUGUUAGAUGGACUGAUAUGCACAUUCUGGCCGAGAAGGUCAUUCUGACUCAUUUGAAAAACGCUGGCAUCGUUACAGGUGAUAUUGACGAAAUGCUCAAGGCUAGAGUUGGAGCGAUUUUCCAACCACAUGGCUUAGGACAUCUGCUAGGAUUGGAAGUUCAUGAUGUGGGAGGUUAUCUUGGGGACGCUACAGCCCGUUCCACCGAACCAGGUCUGAAAUCUCUCAGGACUACUAGAACAUUGAAGGAAAGAAUGGUAAUAACCAUCGAACCAGGAUGUUAUUUCAUCGACACAUUACUUGAUGAAGCGUUCAAAAAACCGGAAAUCGCUAAGUUCUUGAACAAAGAUAAGAUCAGUGAGUUCAGAGGAACAGGAGGGGUUCGCAUAGAAGAUGAUGUUAUUAUUUGGGCUAAAGGGAACGAGAACAUGAGCGAUCUACCUCGCACGGUCGAAGAAAUCGAGGCUUUCAUGGCUGGCCCUAAGCUUACAUCUGAGGAGAUAGAAGAGAGCAUCAAGCUUUUCCUCAACCAAUGCUAA